AAAGUUGGCAACGUUGCUCACUCUUCCAGAAUUGAACUGUGUGACGGGCGAAUUGUUUUAGUGAAUUUUGUGUUAAAUUUCAAUAAAAAUGUCCACAAUUGCUGCUCCUUUAUCCGUCGCAGGGACCAGAAGCUCUGGAGCUCCGGUCAGAACACAAAAUGUAAACGCCGCAGCUGCGAUAGCAAACAUAGUGAAGAGUUCGUUGGGACCCGUGGGUCUUGACAAGAUGCUGGUGGACGACAUUGGAGAUGUCACAGUCACAAAUGAUGGUGCUACGAUUCUGAAGAUGUUGGAGGUGGAGCACCCAGCAGCUAAAGUGCUGGUAGAACUGGCACAGCUGCAAGACGAGGAGGUCGGAGACGGCACCACAUCAGUUGUUAUUAUUGCUGCUGAACUAUUAAAGAACGCAGAUGAACUGGUCAAGAACAAGAUCCACCCCACAAGCAUCAUCUCGGGCUACCGGCUAGCAUGCAAGGAGGCAGUGAAGUACAUCCAGGACAACCUCACGGUCACUUUGGAGUCACUGGGCCGUGCCUCCAUCAUCAACGCUGCCAAGACCACUAUGUCAUCCAAGCUUAUUGGAGCUGACGCAGAUUUCUUCUCAGAAAUAGUGGUGGACGCGGCAAUGGCCAUCAAGAUCACCGACCCCAAAGGCAACGCCGCGUACCCCAUCAAGGCCGUGAACAUACUGAAGGCGCACGGGCGCAGCGCCCGCGAGAGCGUGCUGAUCAAGGGCUACGCCCUUAACUGCACCGUCGCGUCGCAGGCCAUGCCCAAAAAGAUUGUCAAUGCCAAGAUCGCCUGCUUAGACUUUUCGCUGCAGAAGACGAAGAUGAAGAUGGGUGUCCAGGUGCUAGUAUCAGACCCGGAAAAACUGGAAGCCAUCCGAGCCCGCGAGUUGGAUAUCACCAAGGAGCGGCUCCAGAAGAUCCUGGCCACGGGCGUGAACGUGAUCCUGUGCACGGGCGGCAUCGACGACCUGUGCCUCAAGUACUUCGUGGAGGCCGGCGCCAUGGGCGUGCGCCGCUGCAAGAAGACCGACCUCAAGCGGAUCGCCAAGGCCACGGGCGCUACCUUCCUCACCUCACUCACCAAUAUGGAUGGCGAGGAGGUGUUCGAGCCCAGCAUGAUCGGAGAAGCUGCCGAAGUCGUACAGGAACAGAUUUGCGACGAUCAGCUCAUUCUUAUCAAGGGCCCCGCGGCUCGCACAGCGGCGUCCAUCAUACUGCGCGGGCCGACGGACGCGUACUGCGACGAGAUGGAGCGGUCGGCGCACGACGCGCUGUGCGCCGUGCGCCGCGUGCUGGAGUCCGGCCGCCUCGUGCCCGGCGGCGGCGCCGUCGAGGCCGCGCUGUCCAUCUACCUGGAGAACUUCGCCACCACGCUGAGUUCCCGCGAGCAGCUGGCGAUAGCGGCGUUCGCGCAGUCGCUGCUCGUGAUCCCCAAGACGCUGGCCGUGAACGCGGCGCGCGACGCCACCGACCUCGUGGCCAAGCUGCGCGCCUACCAUAACUCCUCGCAGACCAAGGUGGAACACGCGAAUUUAAAAUGGGUGGGUCUGGACCUGACGGAGGGCACGCUGCGCGACAACCUGGCGGCGGGCGUGCUCGAGCCCGCCAUCUCCAAGGUCAAGUCGCUGAAGUUCGCCACCGAAGCCGCCAUCACCAUCCUGCGCAUCGACGACAUGAUCAAGCUCGACCCCGAGCAGUCUUCGGGCAAGUCAUACCAGGACGCCUGCAACGCCGGCGAACUUGACUAAACGACACGCUGAGGCCUCUUCCCCAUUGAACAUCCC